AACACCUCUAACGCGGCCAUCCACGACCUCCAUCUUCAAGCGCCUUCCGCCGGUUCCCCAUCAGUGAAGAAUUUCCGUAAAUCGGUGAAAAAUGGCCUCGACUAGAAAAGUCUACGACCUGGUUAUCAUUGGAGCAGGGAUGAUGGGCUCUGCAGCUGCAUAUUAUUCCUCGCAAAUACCUGGUACAUCAGUCUGUCUGGUUGGACCUGCAGAGCCAAAGGUUCGCAAAGAACAUGAAAUAUUUGGAUGCUGGUAUGAUGAAGGAAGAAUUUGUUGUCGCGUGCAAGAGAAGCACACUUGGUCGGUAUUAUCAUCAAAGUCAAUUGAGAGAUACAGGGAAAUUGAAAAGCAAACAGGUAUAAAUUUUUAUUCAAAUGUUGGCUGCAUUCAAUGUUUAGUGGAAAAGGAGGAUUUUGACAGUCUACUUGAAAUGAACCAACAGAUGAAAGCUGGUACUGAAGACAUUUCAAGUGAAUGGAAUGAUCUUUACCCAUUUUUAAAUUUCCCUGAUGGCUCAUACAUCUUGCAGGAAAAAGUAAAUGCUGGUCAUAUCAGCCCUCGAGAGCAAGUAAGGGCCCAUCAGACUGCUGCUCUUCAACGUGGCGCAGAGAUUGUCCGCAAAAUUGUAUCCACUGUAACACCUGCUGAUAAUCCAGACUAUAAGUAUGCUGCUAGCUACCCUCAGGAAUCACUCAUGCUCUCCCCAGUAUAA